AUAGCAUCGAAUAAAUUCUGAAUGAUAUAAUUACUUUAGACAUUAAGAAAAUAAAAAAAAUGUUUGCUUAAAAACAAAAUGAAAAUAAUAAAGACAAAAUCGAUUUUAUACUACUUUAAAAUAUGAAUGACGACAAUGCAAAUUGCAAACAACAAAAAGCAAUGGAACACCUACGUUUUAAGGGUGCGCUGUACAGAAUUGCCGCGUGACUUGUCGGUGUUGAGUGCAUCCCACCGAUUUCUAUACACACGAACUACAACAUCGAACUUUGAAAGUCCAUAUUGUGGUAGUAAUCACGUGUUUCUGUUUCACGUGCACAAACUAUAAUGCUUUUGACAAUGUUUAUAAAAACAAUACGGUACCGGCGACUUGGAUCAGUCGUUGGCCGUCGUUCAUCUAUUGCGUUCACCGUGAAUUUCUCUUUUUGAAAGUUGUUCAGUUAUUUUCCAUAAAAAAGUCUUGACGUAAUAUCUACCAGUGGACCACGAUUAUUUAAAACGUUAAAAUGCCGUUCUAUAAGGACGCCGAAUCAAACUUUGAGUAUUCGCAUGUAGACAGUCAUGUAGUGUACGAGAGACAACUGGUCGACGAAGAUGAUAACAGUAGUCAGAGUAGCAAUGCUAGCAGCACAGAUGAUGGUGGCGAAGACGUUUCUUCUGGUUGGUAUAACGAAAAUGCUGGAAAUAGUGAUACGGGUAGUGGUGGCAGCAGUAACGACGGUAAUGGGUUUAAAGCUUCGAAAAACAACGGUGUCCUAUUAAAUUCUGACAAUGGCCGCGGAAAAUGGUUUAAAAAGUUGCGGAUGAUUUUUGAUAAACUGCAUAUAGACGAGAAGAAAAAAAAAUCAACCAAAGUCAAAUCGAUUCUUCGGCCUCCCACUGAAUAUGCUUAUGUUGUAGGUAUGUCUGGUCUCACUUCCCGAGUACCAGUCUAUAAAAUGUGAACUUGGCCAUCUGUUCUAUUGCCUUUUCUUUGGAACAACAUCGGACGUGAAAAAUUCCUGAAAUUUUAUUGCCGCAAGAGUACAACCUUAAUAUUUUUAAUAGAUAAUAUAUUUUAUCGCAAACAAAUUAAUUACUACAAUAUUGAAAUUAGAUUUUCGUAGCAGAUUUCCAUUUAUUUAUUAGAUGAAGAUUUAUAAAGCAGUAAUAAUUAUUUCUAAAUUAUAAGAUAAUGAUAAAAAAGCAGAAGUGAUUUAUUUUAUUGAAAAUGGCAAUUUAUGUAUAAUUAGAUAUUAAAAUUUGACAUGAAUUCUAAUUUUUUAAAGAUAAAGUUCUACAUUUCUUGAUAUUCAUCCACCGCAAAAUUAAAAAUAUGUUUUCAAAAGUUACAAUAUUAUAAAACUAUUUAUAUUAAAACUGAAUCUAGUAACAAAUUUUGUUACACGAUACAAUUCUAUAAAUAAAUUUAUACUGUGACUUUUUUAUUUUCAAUUCAUAUUUAAAAUAUUAAGAAAUAUAUGUGUGUGUAUGUGUGAGUGUGUCAACAUUUAACAUAAAUAAUGCUUAAAAAUGAUCUAUUAAUUACCCCUUGAACUAUAUUAUGUAUAGUUAUUACUAUACUCAUAGUAAACAUAGUAAAAUAUUUUUUGAUUAAUUUUAUUUGAAGUUUAUUAAUGAACCGAUUAUUUGAUAUAUAAAUUAAAACUAUUAUACAAAUUUCAAAGUAAUAUACAAGUUAUGUUUUUAAACAACGUACAAAUUGUAAUGAAAUAGCAAU